AUGGCGUCCACUCUCGUCGGUCUCAGUUCAGUUCCACGGGAUAUUUUGCUUGGAUGUUUCUGCUUGAAGAGCGAGUGUGUGGGCGAGCAGUCGGAGACAAAAGUGCCGGAAGAGGAACUGCGGCAGGGCGGCGAGGCCAAGUACCAUCACCUGAACGAGGACCUGCACGUCCUCAUCGAGGUGUUCGCGCCGCCGGCCGAGGCCUACGCCAGGAUGGGCCACGCUUUGGAGGAGAUCAAGAAGUUCCUCAUACCGGAUUACAACGAUGAGAUCAGGCAGGCGCAGCUGCAGGAGCUGACGUACCUGAACGGAGGCUCGGAGGACGCCAAGGUGCCGUCGGCGAGAGGAAAGUCGGCCCCCCGUGCAAGAGGGACCCCGGUCCCGGGACCCCCCAGGACCAGAGGAGGCGUGCCCCCCCUGCACGCCCCCGUGCCCAGAGGAGCGGCCCCCAGAGCCCCGCCCAGCCGCACGCCGUCUGCCAGGGGGAGGGGGGUGCAGAGGGCCAGAGGAGCCCCCCCCACCGCUGCCUACCGAACUCCUCCUCCCAUAGUCCAGGACACCUAUGAUGACUAUGACUACGAUGACGGUUAUGGAACAGCCUAUGACGACCAGGGCUACGAGUCCUACGACAACAACUACACUCAUCAAGGACAGAACUCGGACGACUAUUAUGAAUACGGACACAGCGCAGAGUCGUACGAGUCGUAUGGUGGAGAGGACUGGUCCAAGGGUCGUGGGAAGGCUGUGUCAGCGAGGACGAGCAAAGGAGCGUUCAGAGAGCAGCCGUACUCCCGCUACUGAUCACUGGCCAAGUAAUGCACUUUUCUACGCAGCUUUUUGGAUCUCCAAGCUGCUAAAUCGUCAUAGAAGGACUUGGAAUGUUGACAUGAAAGUGCAUCACCACAACAACAACUUGCUCUUUUACCAGAAUAAAGUUGGAAUUUGACACUAAAGUUGGAAUCCAAAAAGUUGCAUCGCUUUAACGACCACAAGAUUAUUUUUUCCUCCUUAACCGCGCUGAAAUAUUCAUUACAAUGACCAUUAAUUACAAUGACCAUUAAUUACAAUGACCAUUAAUUACAAUAACCAUUAAUUACAAUGACCAUUAAUUAUGAGCAUUUCUUUUCACAUAGCAUCUUUUCCUCUCACCACCUUUUUUCUCAUUCUCUUUGGGAGGAUUUUUAGCCUAAAAUUCCAACUUUUUCACCAAUUGAACUGCAACUUUAAACUAAAACUUAGACUUUUUUCUCCAAAAAUGUAAACAUUCUCUUAAAAUGAUGUCAAGAGUACUUGGUACAUUUUUUACUUAUUCUCGUUACAAAUUUCUGACAUAAUUUACACUAAAACAAGGACAAUUCUAUUAUUAAAUGUUGAUUAUUUCAAUAUCACUACUUAAUUUUUUUGAGUUUUUUAUUCUUCACUUUCAUAAAGUCACUUUAUUCUGCUAUCAUUAGGACGUGUUUGCCAAUUACCAACAUUUACUUGGGUCAAAGUCAAAAUGAUACAUUUUUCUCUUUAAGUAAAAUAUAUAUGUAUUUUUUUCACUUAAAAUUCUGACUAUUAUAUCUUUUUUUUUUCCUAAUGAAAUUUCAACUUAAUUGUCUUUUUAUCAUAAAAUUCCGACUUUUACAACUUUUUCCCCAUUGAACCUCAACUUUACUGUCAGCAUACAAUUGUGACUUUUUUCUCGUAAAUUGUAAAGAUUUUUCGAGUACAAAAGCUUCUCUUAAGAUGAUGUCAAUAGUACAUGAUACAUUUUUACUUAUUCUCAUUAUGUUACAUUUUUGCCAUUUCUGAAAUUAUUCACACUAAAACAAUUGUUGUACUGUUUUAUUAAAUGUUGAUUAUUUUAAUAUCAGUACUUAAUAAUUUUUUGACUUUUUUAUUCUUCCCUUUCAUAAAGUCACUUUAUUCUGCUAUCAUUAGGACUUUUUUGUCAAUUAACAACAUUUAUUUGGGUCAAAAUUAUCAAUUUUUCUUUUUAAGUUAAAAAUGUAUGUAUUUUUUUCACUUAAAAUUCCAACUAUAAUAUUAACCAUCUUUUUUUUCCUAAUGAAAUUUCAACUUAAUUCUCAUAGUGCGGAUUUUUACCGUAAAAUUUUCCGACUUUUUCCCCAUUGAACUGCAACUUGACUCUAAGAAUAUACUCGCACUAAAACUGUUGAGACUUUUUUCUCCAAAAAUUAAAAAAAUUUUCCUCUCUUAAAAUGAUGUCAAUAGUACUUGAUACAUUUUUACUUAUUCUUGUUAGAAAUUUCUGAAAUAAUUUACACUAAAACAAGGACAAUUCUUGUACGACUUUUUUUUAUUAGAUUUUGAUUAAUUUAAUAUCACUUCUUCAUUUUUUUCCCUCUUAUUUUUUACUUUCAUAAAGUCACUUUUUUCUGGUAUCAUUAGGACUUUUUUGUCAAUUACCAAAAUCAUAUACUUGGGUAAAAGUCAAAAUGAUACAUUUUUAAAUUAAGUUAAAAAUAUAUGUAUUUUUUUCACUUAAAGUUACGAAAUUACAACUUAAUUCUCAUAGUGUGGAAUUUUAUCGUAAAUUUUUUUCACCACAAAUUAAAAUAUUGAUGCAUUUUUACUCAUUCAUUUUCUCCCAAAUUACUGACUUUAUUUACACGAAAAAAAGGACAAUUUUUGUAAAACGUUUUUUUUAUAAAAUGUUAAUUUUUCUUUCACUACUUGAUUUAUUUAUUUACUUCUGGGAAAAUGUUUUCCCUCUCAUAAAGUCACUUUAUUCCGGUAUCAUUAGGACUUUACUUUGUACAUUUUCAAUAGUAUUUAUUUUUGUAAAAGUCAAAAUGAAAAAUGUUUCUCUUAUACUUAAAAUUUUUAAAAAGUUUUUUUUUCAUGGUAAAAUUCCGACAAUAAUAUUAUAACCUUUUUUUCCUAAUGAAAUGAUAACUUUAUUCUCGUAGUGUAAAUGUUCUGUUAAAAUCACACUAGCCAAACAUUUUACUCUGAGAUUAUAACUUACUCCAAAAAAAUAACUUGGAUAAUGUUUGGAAUAUGAUUUGACCUCUGAAAUCUGAAAUAUCGAUACCACAUCUUUAUGCUCUGAUAUCCAUUCUCAAAUCAAAAUAUGGAUACUUUUGAUACUUUAGUUCAGGGGUGUCCAUACUUUUUCCACCAAGGGCCACAUAGUAAAAAGUCAAAGUACGCAGGUCCCCCUUUAUUGAUAUUUUGUUUAUUUUUUUUAAAAUGCUAAAAACAGAUAUUGUCAGCUUUGUUUUUUAUUUUUCAGCUUUUUCUCAUCACAUUCCCAUUAUUUUGAUAUUUUUGCUACACUUCUACUGUUGUUUUUUUCCCCAUGUAAAAAAGAAUAAUAAUGUGUAACUGCAUAACUUAGUAGCCAAAAGUUCUGCCUGAACAAAAAUAUUCAUUACAUAUUUAACAGUGUUUAUUAUGGUUGUUUAAUUUGUCAAAUUCAUAAGUUAGUAUUUAAUUUUUUUAAUGAACUAAAUAAACAUUGUUUAUAUGUUAAGUAUAUUUUCAGAAAUAAAAACUUUUUUUUUAACUUUCAGUAGACACUUUAGGUAUAUUGGGACAAAGUAUUUGGUAUCAGAUUGGUAUCACCGAUACCAGCCUGAACUGUACUCGGUAUCCGAUCGAAAAAAAAACGAUUAUGGUAAAUUAAUAUCGCAUCAAACCAACCAACUUAUUUUACGCCUAAAAUUCCAACUUUAUCCUGAAAAUAUCAGGACUGUUUCUGGUAAAAAGAAUGCCAUUAUGGUACCUGAUAAAAUGAUAAUAAAACCCCAGGUAAAAUCAUCAUAAAUGAUAUGACUUCUUCUCCUGUUAGACUAUGUUGACGCCAUGGAAGAAUAUUUCCACGGCGAGUUAUCAAUACAAUGCCAGUACAGCUUCAUGUAUCCCCCCCCCCCCCCCCAAUAUCUCACUAAAGAUGUAAUAAUGGCUUAGUUCUAGGAUGUAGAUAUUUAUUUUAUUUAUUUGAAAGGAGUCACGGGUGUAAAAUGUGUCCCUUGUAAAGUAAGAAGUGUAUAAAUAUUGUAUUUCUGUCUCCUCCUUUCUUUUGUAUUGGUGUUAAAGGGCUUAUGGAAGCAUGGCGUGCAUUGUUGUUGUUGUUGUUGUUUUAUUCGCUAAUUAUUGUGCUGCUAAAACAUCUCCUUUAAUAUAUUUAUAAAUAGGAACUGAAAAUGAAAAAAAUGGGCGUUUUUGUGAUUUUUUUUUUUCUUUUUUUCACGGUUUAAUAAUUACUUUUUGACAUUUUCGCCUCGACUUUUUGUCAAAGCUAAUUGUGCUCAGAUGCUUGUGAAUACGCUGGACUUGUUCAGGUUUCUUUCAGCUUAUAUAAGCCCUUUAAUAUUCCCCUCUUGUCCAUGCUGAAUAAACAUUUUGAAGGAACAA